UCGUAAAGCAGUCGUGAGGGUGUGCUGGUAUAAAACACACCCUCACCUCACCUGAGCUCAUCCCAACACACACACACAUACAUGGACGGCGCACAGAUUGAUCACCUGACCGCUAAACUUCUGGCGCAGUGGGACUGGAGGAGCGACCCCCGACAUUUCGGGCAGCAAGGCGGCUCCAUCAGACGCGGAUGCUCAUCACCUGAACCCUCUGCGUCUCCCUGCUCCACCUGUUCGUCCUCCUCUUCAUCCUCCUCCUCUUCGUCUUCCUCAUCCCCAGACGCUCCUGGAGAAAUGUUCUUGGAUUAUUCCUACACAGGAAGAAAAGCGGCGCAGACGAAAGCGUCUAGACCUAAAAUGUCGACCAAGAGGCGCAUGAAGGCGAGCGAGAGAGAGAAGAUGCGCAUGAGGAGUUUAGCUGAAGCUCUGCAUCAGCUCCGGGAUUACCUGCCUCCUGUCUACAGCCGCAGAGGACAACCACUGACCAAGAUCCAGACUCUCAAAUACACCAUCGAGUACAUAAAGGAGCUGUCGGAAAUCCUCAGCCAAGAAUGACCCCUUCACCAACCCUGAGAAGUUCAUGGACAGUGGUCUUUAUCUUCUAAACAGCUUCCCUGUACAGAAAUGUGCCAUAAUCCUGAUGUAAAUACUUGUUUUGGCAC